AUGUCGGGCUUGCAGGGACUUUGGAAGGCAGGAGCUGACCCGACGAAGAGCGAAGGCGCUAUAUCCGGGCUCUUUCUUGCUAGAUCUAUCGGUUAUCCAACUUUGUAUUCCAUCCUUAACCAGUUCAGAUAUUUUGGAGUUGACAUCUGUGCCAUUCAAGAAUAUUGUCUACAAUGUAAAGAUAUAGAGCACUGUCGUGCCGAAAUUAGGGAUUUUGAUGCUUUUGAUUUGCGAUUGAGGCUUCCUGCUGUGAUUAGCAAACUGCACAAGCUUGUCAACCAUAAUGGUGGGGUAACAUAUAUACACUGUACCGCUGGACUUGGGAGAGCUCCUGCUGUGACAUUGGCGUAUAUGUUCUGGAUUCUUGGCUACAGUCUUAAUGAAGGGCAUCAGCUACUACAGAGUAAACGAGCUUGCUUUCCAAAGUUGGAAGCCAUUAAAUUGGCUACUGCUGACAUUCUGACAGGCUUAUCAAAGAAUUCCAUCACUUUGAAGUGGGAAAGUGAUAGUUGUUCUUCUGUUGAAAUUUCUGGGCUUGAUGCAGUGGCGGGCCCAGGAUUUAGAGUUAACACUCUGAAAAAUAAAGAAGACAGGAACUGA